AUGGAGUUGACAUUAAAUAAUUUAGACGAGUUUGGAAUUGGUUCAAACCAACUUAUUGUAGGCAAAUCUUUAAGUUUAUGUAGAGAUUUUUUAAUUUCUAAACUAUCAGAUUGUAUCGGCUCAGAUUCUAAAUUUGUUAUAAAUGAAAAUGACCUAGAUAUGGGUUUCGUUUCCUCUUCGAAAGAAGAUUUUUCAAUAACCAGUGAUAUGAUAAAAGAUUUAAAAAAACAAAUUAUAAAUCAACAAACUAUAAUACAGAAUAGGACAAAAUCAAAUGGCAAUAAUAAUAAUAACAAUAAUAAUAAUAAUAAUAAUAAUAAUAAUAAUAAUAAUAAUAAUAAUAAUAAUAAUAAUAAUAAUAAUAAUAAUAAUAAUAAUAAUAAUAGUAACAAUAACAGUAAUAAUAUUUUAAAUUUUGAAAGUUGGGAUUUAUCUUGUAUUAUUCAAUUUUUCCACAAAUAUAUGUUGAAUUCUUUCUUUUCAGAUGAUUUUAUUCAAUUGAGAAAUCUUUUACAUGAAAUAUAUAAUUUUAGAAAUUCCUGGGCUCAUCAACGUCCAUUUUCAAUCGAUGACGCAAAUAGAUUAUUAGAUUCAAUGGAGCGUUUGUUUUUUACUAUUGGUGAUCCCAAUAUGGCCUCCUUGAUGCAAACACUUAAGCAUACACAUUAUUUUUAUAGCUUUAACAAGAUCUACAACUUGUUCUCUCUAGAAAAGUCUUCUUCCCUUCAAGAUAUUUUUAAAUUUGUCUCUUCCUCUUCACCUUCUUCUUUAAAUUCUUCACCUUUAAAUUAUAAUAAUAAUAAUAACAGUAAUAAUAGUAUGAAUAAUAACAUGAAUAAUAAUAAUAAUAGUAUGAAUAAUAAUAAUAAUAGUAUGAAUAAUAAUAAUAUGAAUAAUAAUAAUAAUAGUAUGAAUAAUAAUAUGAAUAAUAAUAAUAAUAUGAAUAUGAAUAAUAUGAAUAAUAAUAAUAAUAAUAUGAAUAAUAAUAUGAAUAAUAAUAGUAUGAAUA